UCUACUGUGAGUAUUGAGGGCGUAAAGUGUUUCAAUAAGACUUAUUUCAAAGCACAACUCCUCGUGGCCUUUCUCUCAGUGUAGACGAAAACGAGGAAAAGAGGAAGAUACCUAUCUCCUCUACCCAGAGAGAUGGUACCAAGCCAAUAUGAUGUAAGGCUGUGUGAGUGGCUUCGAAAUGCAGUGCGGAUGGUAAAAAAGAAGAUGUAGCUAAGAGAGAUACCUCUGAAAAGAAGAAAGUCCCCUCCAAAAAUUCCCGCUUCGCGGUGAAUGCUGUCUCAUGUUUGGCCAGGUAAGACAACCAUCAGGGUAUUGGGCUUUCUCGUUGCGAUAUAUAAAUUGAAUCGCGGGUCUUGAGAUCGUCAGUCAACUGCUAGGAUUGCUCAAAAAUAAUACCGAAUAUGAGAGCUUUUGUAUUACUAUCUUGUUUGGCACUCGCCGCGGCCAGACCCGAACCCCCAAGUGGAUAUAACUACAAUCGUCCAUCUGGAGGACAUGGGGGCGGAGGACUCCUCGGUGGCGGAGGCUUCGGAUCUGGCGGACACAGUGGUGGUGGAUUUGGUGGUGGAUCAGGAUUAGGCGGAAGUUUCGGAGGUGGAUUGUCUCAUGGAUUAGGAGGAGGCUCUGGAUUUGGUGGUGGAUCCGGAUUCGGUGGUGGAUUUGGUGGAUCCGGAGGAUACAGCGGUGGUUCAGCUGUUGUUCAGAAACACAUCUAUGUGCAUGUCCCACCACCAGAACAGGAAGAAUUCCGCCCACAGAAACACAUUCCUGUUGGACAGGCCCAGAAGCACUACAAGAUCAUCUUCAUUAAGGCACCAUCUCCUCCUUCAUACCAGGCACCAGUCAUCCCCGUUCAGCCACAGAACGAGGAAAAGACCCUGGUUUACGUUCUUGUCAAGAAACCCGACGAACAGCCCGAUAUUGUUAUUCCAACUGCCGCUCCCACGCAACCCAGCAAACCCGAGGUCUACUUCAUCAAGUACAAGACACAGAAGGAAUCCGUUGGUGGUGGAUUCGGAGCUGGUGGAGCUGGUGGUCAUGGAGGUGGUCUCGAUCUCGGUGGACUCGGUGGUGGACUCGGAGGUGGACUUGGUGGUGGACUCGGUGGAGGACUCGGUGGAGGACAUGGUGGACUUGGUGGAGGACAUGGUGAUCUGUCCUCAGGAUCUGGUGGUGAUCUCUCAUCCGGACAUGGUAGCUCGGGCCCAUCUUCAUCAUAUGGACCACCCGGUAAAUCAUCUGGCGGGCCAUAUUAAAAACGAUUACGACAAUUCUAGCUAGUCCUAAAACUCUUUUAAGUAUGAAGAAAUGAGAAAAGAAAACUGUUGUAAAUAUUUUUUCCCUUCUUAGUUAAUAACGAAUUUGUGUACCUACGAAUUUUGCAAUAAAACGGUGACAAAAUUAAAAAAAAAAA